UUUUCUUUUUUUUUUAUUUUAAAAAUAUUAUUUUUUAAAAACUGACAAUCGCCAGUAAAAUAAAUCAUCGCACCAUCUAUUGCUUAUCAUGCACGUUUCAGUAUAAAAACACGUGAUUCAUUUGUAGUUGAGUUGAGUUUAUAAUUUUAAAUUAUAUAAUAUGUAAUAUUUUAAGAUAAAAAUUCAGAUAAUGUUCUUUCAAGAAAAAUAAAUAUUCACUUUAUACAACAUGUCAAACUCGUGGAAUAAGAAUAAUUAUCGUCAAGAACAAGAAGCAUUUAUUUCUGGUCAUGGUGGGACAACAUCCAGAGAAGUUAUAUAUGCUAUUAUGCCAAAUAUUUGUAGUAUUUUAUUGACUACAACUAUAAUAGGUCUUUUCAAUGAGGUUAUCCAUAAAAAUAUUAGAGUUUUAAUAGAAUUUGCAUUAAUUGUAAUUCCAUCUAUUUUAUGUUGUACCAUAUUAUCUGAAUAUGUUAUUAUUGUGUGUUUUAUUAUGAUGGCAAUAUCUGCUAUUAAUAUUUUAAUAUUAGGAUUUAAUUUGAAUUCUUUACCAAUGCAUCAUAGGAAAUCUGCUUACAACAAAAAACCUUUCAUUACAAAUUUCAGAGCAUUAACUAACAUAAUAACAGCAAUAUGUAUAUUAGCUAUAGAUUUUCAUAUUUUUCCUCGUAAAUUUGCCAAAACUGAAAUAUUUGGAUAUAGUUUAAUGGACUCUGGUGUUGGAUUAUUUAUAUUAGCUAAUGCUUUAGUAGCUCCAGAAGCUAGAGAUUUUACUCCUAAACCUAGAAUAGGUUUUUUUCAUACUAUAUCAAAAAAUAUAAAAUAUUCAGCAAGAAGUUGUAUUCCAUUAUUAAUAUUGGGUUUUGGCAGAUCUGUUGCAAUUGAAAUUUUGGGAUAUCAAAAGCACGUAACUGAAUAUGGUGUUCAUUGGAAUUUUUUUAUAACUCUUGCUUUUGUUAAACUAUUUACUAGUUCUAUAACAAGUACCAUCAAUUCAAAAUACUCAUUGUUAUCAGGAAUAUGGAUUUUGGGGAUGCACGAAUAUGUUUUGAGUACUAAGGGGUUAAAAGAAUGGGUUUUAAGCAACAAACCAAGAGAUGAUUUUGUAUCUGCUAACCGGGAAGGUGUAGUAUCUGUUCCUGGAUAUGUUGGACUUUAUCUAAUAGGCGUAGCAAUUGGUAGAUUAAUUCAUUCCACUUAUCAGAAUUCACAAGCACAAAAUCCAUUCCAGCAUAAACUUAGAAUAAUUCAUAUUAAAUUGUUUGGAUAUGAAUUUGAUGCAAAUUAUAAUGAAUCCAUGAUUUUAUGUAUUAAAUUAUCUUUAAUAUCAGCUCAAACUUGUGCAGCUACUUUAUUUUGUGACACAUAUUUUAGGGUAUCUAGACGUUUAGCAAAUGCAGGAUAUUGCAUGUGGAUUCUCACUUUAGGUGUUAUGAUACUUACAUUAUUACUCUUGAUAGAAAUAAUAUCCGAUAUAUUAGUUUAUAAAAACAUAGAUUUAGAAUACGAUCAAAAGAAAACUAAAAUGCAAAAAACGAAUAUAAAAAAUAAACGAGAAACCGUGUCUGAUAAAUAUGAAAAAAACGUAGCAGAAAAUACCAUCGAAAUAUUCGAAGCUGUUAAUUACAAUGGUCUAAUUUUCUUUUUAUUUUCGAACUUAAUGACUGGUGGUAUUAACAUGUUAGUACCUACGUUAUAUAUAAAUGAAUUAAAUGCUGUGCAAAUAUUGAUCGCAUACAUGGCUGUAAAUGUAUUGUCAGUUUUAUUAUUGUACAGAAAACAGGUACAAAUUAAAUUAUAAAUAAAACGUGCGACAUGUACUAAUUGCAUACUGCAAUGUAUGCAAUUUUCUACUUUAUAAAAUUAAAUUACGAAUCGGCGUAAACAAUUAACUUGAAAAUAUUUACACUGCCAUUGUAUAGACAUAUCAUAUUGUAUUUCAUAUUUAUUGCUGCUCCUUUUUUUUUUUUUUUAAUAAAAUAAGUAUGUACAUAUAUAUGUAUAAAAAUAAGUAAAAUAUUUAGUUGGUAACAAAUCGUUUCAUUCAUUCGAUAUUAAGUCUAGUAAUCUUGAGUCUAUCAUUCAAAUGUUUCGUUGUCAUCGAAAUAAAUUAGCUAAAAUAUUCAUUAUAAUUCAUCUUUGGAUUGAGUAUCGGAUUUUAAUUCGGUUACUUUCGAUUUAGAAGUUGCACUUUUUUUUACAUCACUCAUUGCGCUAGUUUGAUUUUUCAUUUCCGUUCUCUUAUGUUGGAUCCUUUUAGCGACAAAGUUUUUAAACGAAUCAUGAUUUUUUACGUAAUCGGUAGCUUGCGAAACUAUACGUAAAAAUUCUUCAACAUCGAAACUGUAAUUCGUGAAUUUUGCAUGCGCUCCUCCAUCAGGAUGCGUACCCUAUUUAAUUAUUUUCACAAUAAGUGUCAAAUGAAAUUUUUUAUUUGAAAAAAAAUAAUUACUUACAGGAUCUUGUUGCACUAAUUUCGAAUUAUUUUCCCAUGUGAAGUACUUUACACCGCGCAAACGAGCUAGAUCUUUAUAACAUCCUGGAUCUUCGCAAUUAUAUCUAUAUAAUAAUAAUACGUGAGAUGAAUUUUCUU